CCCCGGCUUUGUGUGUGUGUGUGUGUGUGUAUGUGUGUGUGUGUGCGUGUGUGUGUGAGUGAGUGUGUGUGUAUGUGUGUGUGUGUGUGUGUGUGUGAGCGUCUGUGUGUGUGAGUCUGUGUGUGUGAGUGAGCGGCGGGCGGGCGCGAGUGUGGCCGCCGCGGAGCGCGAGCAGGACCCGGCGGCGCGCUCGCAGCCUCUCUCUCCCCGCCAGAACCAUGUCGGGCAGGUCGGUUCGAGCCGAGACCAGGAGCCGGGCCAAAGAUGAUAUCAAGAGGGUCAUGGCGGCUAUUGAGAAAGUGCGCAAAUGGGAGAAGAAGUGGGUGACCGUGGGUGACACAUCCCUGCGAAUCUACAAGUGGGUCCCUGUGACAGAGCCAAAGGUUGACGAUAAAAACAAGAACAAGAAAAAGGGCAAAGAUGAGAAGUGUGGCUCGGAGGUGACCACGCCGGAGAACAGCUCGUCCCCGGGGAUGAUGGACAUGCAUGAUGAUAACAGCAACCAGAGCUCCAUAGCAGACGCCUCCCCCAUCAAACAGGAGAACAGCAGCAACUCAAGCCCUGCUCCAGAGCCCAACUCCUCCGUGCCCGGCGAUGGCACCGACACCAAGGCUGACGAGGCCCAGGCCGAGGGAAAGGAGCUCCCUGGGGCUGAAGAUGCCUCUGACGAGCAGAAUUCACAGUCAUCACUGGAAAACUCGAUGAACAGUUCAGAGAAGGUCGAGCGGCAGCCAUCUGGAGACACGGGUCUAGCUGCAGAGACGUCUUCAAUCUCUCAGGUACCUCGAUCGAGGUCUCAGAGGGGCAGCCAGAUCAGCCAGGAGCCCGUUGGGGUGUCGGGGGACUUGGAAGGAGGGCCGCCCUCUAAAAAGAUGAAACUGGAGGCUUCGCAACAAAACUCCGAAGAGAUGUAGACACUAGGUCCCGUCCCCGGACCACAUUUCACGGGCGAUCCAUCAGCAGGCUUAAUUCUACAACAGCUUCCCCCGAGCAAGCCCUCGGGUUAGAACUACUAACUUUCCAAGUUUACCAAGUGCAAAUCCAAGAAAACCUAGAAUGGCAUGACUUCUCAGACACUGAAGAACUUUCUGCUGUGAAGCAAAACACUCGAAUCUUGAAGUGACUGUCCUUGUGGAGGCGGGUCGACAGCUCAGGAGUGUCUGCACACUGUCUCUGCAGCCAAGUUCACGUUUGCGUUGCUGCUGUAUUGUCCCCCCCACCCCCACUUCUCUAUUUAACGAUAUAAGCUAUUUGAGGGUGGUACCCAUCAGGAAUUUGCUUUUUGUCGGGGCUUUUCACUGUUCCACCGAUUCCUCCUGCUUUCUUUUUUUGUGCCUUGUGCCCUUGAGGUGACCUCUGGCAUGUUUUCCCGGUUGUUUUGCAUCUCCCUUUGCAAAGUGCCCUCUUGGCUUUAUUGAGGCAGCCAUUGCCAUUGCUCCGGCCCUCACAUCUCGCUCCUCCCUGCCCUGGGACUUCAAUGGGAACAGAGCAGGCAGGGAGGAAAAGAGCCAGAGGUUGCAGAAGAGCAAAACCUCCUCAGAUGCCUGAUUUUUAGGUGUGGGGUGCUUGGGCACUCCCUGGGCCUUUGCUGGGGGGUGGGGGGACAGCACCAGCCUCUAGCGCCCGAGGAGUCUCAGAUGUUGGCACUGUCCCCAAGCGCUGGCCACUCAAUAUGCUCUUACUUCUUCGGGGCGUCUGAGCCUGGUGUUUCUGAGCAGCCCAGACGGACAUGCAGGGCCCUUAGAUUGUUCUGGCACUUCCAUCCUCUGCCCCCACCAAAUGGCUUUCUCCCAUUCCCCCCAAGAUGAAAUGGCUUCUGUGGCUGACUGCAUGAUUGUCUCCUUAAGACGACAAAAGGGCUGAGGAGGCUGGGAGCAGAGGCAGGAAUAGCUGGUGCUGAACUUUCAUAGGACUGGAUGUCGCUUGGAUUUCAAAUCCACAGUAACCUGCUGCCCUCUGCCUCCCCAGGUCCCCCGGCCCCACCCCGGGGGACACAAGAUUGCAGUUUGGGAAAUCCGCUGGCUUCUGCAGAAUGUUCCUGACUCGCUGAGCCAACUGUUGGAUCUCGUCUCAUUGCCAGGAUGCACCACCGUGGGUCCCCACCAGGGAGCGGAUCUUUGAUGGUUGGGCCUCGAAGGCCAGAAAGGAGGCACUAAGGAGUUGGAAAGCUCUGCACUCCUCCAGGAAGGGGUGAUCGAAUCCCGCCUCCAACCCCGCCCGUCUGGGGCAACUUCCUCUCACCAAAAUGGAGAUGCCCCCUUGGACCAACUGCCUAAUUGCUUGGUUCUGAGGCCUGGUUGCUCUUAGUUCCUAAAUGGACUCCUCAGACCUUAACCCUUUUCCUGAGCUUUCUUUACUGCACUGGAGUUCCAACUCCCUUUGAGUUGUGUGUGGUGGGGUGGGGAGGGUUGUGGGUUUUGUUGGUUGUUUUUUGGGAUUUGUUUUGUUUUGUUUGUUUUUGCUAAUUGGUGCAUAUUCAGGUACCACCUUUGACAUGUGGAUCUCUCUCCUGACCACCAUAGGAAGUGUCUGCCAGGUUCAAUUUUCUAAGAGUUUCUGAGGGUGAGGCUCUUAAUUUUUUUUUUUUUUUAAGGGAGCCAAUCUAGUUCCUGCACUUCAAGAAGAAAUCAAAAUGUUCCUGAAUUUCAAAUACCUCAUGCAAAAAUGUGUCCUGAAAUAAGGGAAAACAAACAAACAAACUUUGGAAAUCUUAAUGUUGAAGUUAACGAUGCCGAAAGGUUUCUGUCUUAAAAAACAAAAAAAAAAAA